UUCCAGGGUCCCAUCUCCUGGGCCAUGAGUGAGCUGAAGGACUGCCCAUUGCAAUUCCAUGAUUUCAAGUCUGUGGACCACCUGAAGGUCUGUCCCCGGUACACGGCAGUGCUGGCCCGCUCUGAGGACGAUGGGAUUGGGAUUGAGGAGCUGGACACCCUGCAGCUGGAGCUUGAGACCCUGCUGUCCUCUGCUAGCCGGCGGCUGCGUGUGCUAGAAGCUGAAACCCAGAUCCUUACUGACUGGCAGGAUAAGAAAGGUGACCGACGAUUCCUGAAGCUGGGUCGAGACCAUGAGCUUGGUGCUCCUCCAAAACAUGGGAAGCCCAAGAAGCAGAAACUGGAAGGGAAGGCAGGACAUGGGCCAGGUCCUGGCCCAGGACGACCCAAAUCCAAAAACGUUCAACCCAAGAUCCAGGAAUAUGAAUUCACUGAUGACCCAAUCGACGUGCCUCGGAUCCCCAAGAAUGAUGCUCCCAACAGGUUCUGGGCCUCUGUGGAGCCCUACUGUGCCGAUAUCACCAGUGAGGAGGUCCGAACACUAGAGGAGCUCCUGAAGCCCCCUGAAGAUGAAGCUGAACAUUACAAGAUUCCUCCACUAGGGAAACACUACUCCCAGCGCUGGGCCCAGGAAGAUCUGCUAGAGGAGCAGAAGGAUGGGGCUCGGGCAGCAGCCGUGGCUGAUAAGAAGAAAGGCCUCAUGGGACCACUGACUGAACUGGACACGAAAGAUGUGGAUGCCCUGCUGAAGAAGUCUGAGGCUCAGCAUGAGCAGCCAGAAGAUGGGUGUCCCUUUGGUGCCCUGACACAGCGCUUGCUGCAGGCCCUGGUGGAGGAAAAUAUUAUUUCCCCUAUGGAGGACUCUCCUAUUCCUGACAUGUCUGGGAAAGAAUUAGGGGCUGAUGGAGCAAGCACCUCUCCCCGAAAUCAGAACAAGCCCUUCAGUGUACCACAUACCAAGUCCCUGGAGAGCCGCAUCAAGGAGGAGCUGAUUGCCCAGGGCCUCCUGGAGUCCGAGGACCGGCCUGCUGAGGACUCAGAGGUUGAGGUCCUUGCUGAGCUGCGCAAACGGCAGGCGGAGCUGAAGGCACUCAGUGCACACAACCGGACCAAGAAGCAUGACCUGCUGAGGUUGGCGAAGGAAGAGGUGAGCCGGCAGGAGCUGAGGCAGCGGGUCCGCAUGGCUGACAAUGAGGUCAUGGAUGCCUUUCGCAAGAUCAUGGCUGCCCGGCAGAAGAAGCGCACCCCCACGAAGAAGGAAAAGGACCAGGCCUGGAAGACCCUGAAGGAGCGGGAGAGCAUUCUAAAGCUCCUAGACGGGUAGCCUCGCCUGCUGUUGGCCACUUCCCUGGCCUGGCAAAAGCCCACUUCCUUUGAAGCCGUUGCUGGGGGCUGCCCAUCAAAUGACUACAGUCUCAGGGCUGAAAUGCUCUCAGCCAGCAUGCAAAGCCUUACUGUGCAGGCCUGGACCUAGCAUCUGCCUGGGGUCCCAGAUGAGCGGGCAUGUUCCUGGCUGUCCCCUUUCCUUCUUCAGUCUCUCGACCCCUUCCCCUCGAGGACUUCUUCCUUGUGGGUUUGUAAAGUACAGAAU